AUGAACGAGGAUUCGCCUACGCUUGAAGAAAUCAUCGAACUAACCCGCCAAGAACUCACCACAGCACAGGCACCCGACCCAAUUCGUGAAUGCGGCCGCGCCGCACUGCUACUCCUUCCCAACGAUCCCGAUGUUUGCUUGAAGCUCGCAUACCAAAAGCUACACGAUGUACCAUACAAGGAUGUGAAGACGUGUUGGCGGAGACUGUACAUAGAUGCGAGCCUGUAUCAAGUGCUGAAACUAGCCGAGCAUGCAUGUGAAAGGGACGAGGUCGAUCAGGUUGUACGGCUGUUGGAUAUGGCCCUCAUACUGACAGGAGCGCCUGGCCGGGAGGAGCUCGUGGAGUUGUGGUUUACAGCCCUGAAAGCAGCCUUGACUACUACAAUGCAAGAAAUCGACAUCAAUGACUCUGGAAGGCCGUUGAAGCGACAGAAGCUUUCUUCAUCAAGUCAAUCCUCGCGCAUCCCAACCGGCUUCCCCAUUGAUUUUCCCGAACCUGCACCUACCCUUCAGUAUCCCAUCCAGCGAACGAAAGAGCUUAGUCUAUCGGCCUUUCAGAAGAUAGUUUCCAAUACGGAAGGGCAUACACCGCUGAUUAUUGAAGGUGCAAUACAGCACUGGCCUGCGCUCGAAGAGCGACCGUGGAACAACCCAGGCUACUUGCUAGAGCAGACGCUAGGAGGCAGAAGGCUGAUACCAGUCGAGGUUGGAAAGAGCUACACAGACGAAGGAUGGGGCCAACGCAUAAUUACAUUCCGUGAAUUCAUGGAGACGUAUAUGCUGGACGGGUUUGCCGAACCCGCAGAGCCUACAGAAGAAACCCACGCCACCUACAACAGCAACAGCGACACCGCGCCACCGACCCCAAAAGCACAAAAAACACCCACCGGCUAUCUCGCCCAACAUGACCUCUUCGCGCAAAUCCCCUCUUUACGCGCAGACAUCAGCACCCCCGACUACUGCUACUCGGAACCAGCGCACUCCCCCCACCUUACACACAUCAAACCCGUCGCCAAACUCGACGAGCCGCUGCUAAACGCCUGGUUCGGCCCUGCAGGUACAAUAUCCCCGCUACAUACAGACCCCUACCACAACAUCCUCGCCCAGGUCGCAGGCUACAAGUACGUGCGUCUAUAUGCUCCACACGAAACGCGGAAUUUGCACCCCAGAAGCGUAGGCGAGAGUGGUGUUGAUAUGAGCAAUACGAGUCAAGUUGAUUUGGAUGAGGCUAUGGCGGUGUAUCCUGAUAUCUCGUGUUGGGAGAGUAAGAGGAGUGAUGACGGGCGGGAAGAGGUCUUGGAUGAAGCAAGGAGUGUGUUUGAAGAGCAGUUUCCUGGCUUCAAAGAUGCAGAGUAUGUAGAUGCGAUACUUGGCCCCGGGGAGUGCUUGUAUCUCCCAGUAGGUUGGUGGCAUUAUAUUCGUAGUUUGACGCCGAGUUUUAGCGUGAGUUUUUGGUUCAACUAG